AUGGAAAUCCUCCCAGAACCAAACGCUCACCCUUCUGAGCUUAAGGUUCAUGAGGUGCAGUAUACAAUGGCAGACAGUACAAUUGCUAGUCUCACGACUACGAGCAAGAGCGUUAUAAGUGCGGAAAAUGCACAGGAAAUUCUGGUCGAGGCAGAAACGCCUGAGACAACAGAGACUCCAAAUUCCAAAGAUACCACUGAGGUCAAGUCAGAGCUGUCUUUGGCUGAUGGGAGUCGUACAGACGAGGCAUGUUGUAGCAACACUGAGGUCGAGGAAAGCGUUUCCACAGCAAUCCCGGAUAAUACAAAGGGCCAAGCGAGCAUCGUUUUUGUUGAUACUUUUGGCACACGAUGGACCUUUCCAUACGAAGAAUCUAAAACAUGGGACGGCACCAAGAAACUGGUCAAAGCAGUCUUUGCCACAUAUUCUACUGAAUGGCUCGCGGAUUACCUUGAUGAAGACGAUGAUCUGGGUGAAACUUUUUCCAUUACCAAAACCAAACCCGAACAGUCAAAUGUUCUGCCCAACUACUGGGAAAGUUUGGUCUCACCCGGAUGGGAAUUCAAACUCGAAUUCACAUUCGAUGUGCUCUCCUCGAUUCGCAGGCAGAAAAGGCUUGCGGAGGAAGAAGCUGCGGAACAAGCCGAUAAAGAGGCUAAAGAAACCGACGUGGUCGAAGAACUGAGUAAAGUGUCUUAUGUCGCAACGUAUCUGGCGCCGGAUAGCGAUGGUGAUUAUCAACGCCGUAAUACUAAGCGACUCAACGACAAGACAAUUUUUACGAAGGUUUCCGAUAUUCAGAUUCCUAAAUCAGUGAUUGAGGAGCACAGGGAGGUCUACUGCAGCAACAAAUAUGCUACUGAUCCUGAAGACGACAUGUUCGAUACAAUUAGCAGUCCAGUACUCUACAUUCACUCGCCAAUCCUUCUUAAUGCCCUCAAUGCCAUCAUUGAUUGCCAAUCACGUCCAGACCGGAUCCCUCGAGUCGAAUAUCGUGUGGAAGGAAUCGAAAGUGAUCUCGGACAGGGGCGGUUAGUGUACCCUUUCACUGAUCUACAUCAUUAUCGGGAGAGAUUGCUCCAGUAUCGAGAGGAAGUGGGCGAAGUCCACGACAGCGAGUAUACCACAACAUGUCAAGAGCAUAUUGACAUUCUAGUUGAAUAUUUGAAUGGUCUGACGACGAUUGGCCUGGAAAACGCCGAGCUCCUGUGGAGUAAUGACGUCCCAAAGACGACUUUCACCUCUCUCUGGCUCCUACUAAAGCCUGGAACGGACGUCUUUGUUCAGGAGCAAGGAAAGCUGAAUGCAUAUGUGAUAGAAUCAUUUUCGGGAGGAGUGCAAUGGGGUUCCCCUAAUGCUCGUUCGCGGCCAUACAUUGUGAAUGUUUGGAAUCUCAACUUUGACGGCCAAAUUUUGAGUCGUUCCGUUAAAGAAGUCAGCAUUUCUAUUUUUGACGGUCAACGUGAAAUUACCUCGCUGCCUCUAUUUCCGAUCAAGUUCCAUGUGGAUGAGGACCCACAGAAUCCUCUGCGUCAACAAUUGGUGGAUCGAGGGAAAAGAUUCGUUAAGAUGGUCAAGACCCCUACGUUCCAGGAGUACAGCGGCCCAAGUAGACUGCAAGGCAACCGCACGUUUAAACAAACGCGAGUCGUCGUUGACCACACAAGUCAACCGUGGAGACUGAACGAAAUUGCUGAAGAAAAGCACGCCCAUUUGCCGAUUGCAGAAGUCUACAAUGUCGAGCUGGGCCAACGAACCAGGGAGCCAAAGUGUCUAUGCAAGACAUGCCAAUCCAACAGUCUGCGCCAACACGGCAUCCAACGUCGUAUUUUCGACGACUACGAUAAUAUCGACUUGAGUUCAGUUUCAACCCUGACUGAUCAUCAAUACCUGCUCUGUUGGUCCCAUGUAUAUGCAUACGUGUUGAAAGACCGAGUCUGGGAUGUAUUGGAGGUAUCUAACCUAACGGAACCGAAGAUACAUAAAGGUAUCAUUGACACGCUGGUCAUGAAGCCCGAAAGCAAUAAGCAGAUGAUCAAGGCCGUCUGUGAGAUCUUUGGUGGAACGUACAAGCAGGCUUUCUCUUCGGACUUCAUUCAGGGCAAAGGAGAAGGACAGAUCUUGCUACUCCAUGGUCCCCCAGGAACAGGAAAGACUCUGACAGCCGAGUCUGUUGCGGAGUAUACAGGACGACCUCUUCUUAACAUUACUGCUGCAGAUUUGGGCCACGAACCAAUCCCACUCGAACAAAACCUGCUUCGCUUCUUCAGAAAUGCAAGACAUUGGAAUGCAAUUGUUCUUCUCGAUGAAGCGGAUGUUUAUCUCGAAACUCGGUCUGCCCAGGAUCUUCGACGAAAUAGUAUUGUUUCUAUUUUUCUGCGAGCCCUAGACUACUUUCAGGGUAUUCUUUUCUUAACAACUAAUCGCGUGGGAAGUUUCGAUGAAGCAAUCAUGUCACGAAUUCACGUACAGAUCGGAUAUGACCCCCUCGAUGAGGACUCAAGAAGACAGAUCUGGGACGGUUACUUCAAAAAGCUCUCCAAAAAUCAUAACAAUGAUGGCCAGGAGAUCCGUUGUUCAUACGAUGCCAAAGAAUUCGUUCGGAAGUCGGACGAUCUCCGGGCCCUUAGAUGGAACGGUCGCGAGAUUCGAAACGCAUUCCAAACUGCCGUGGCUCUUGCAUGCUUUCAGGCAAAGCAGGAGGGAAAUCCUAUUCCUGAACUGACAGAUGACCAUCUUCGCCAAGUCGUGAACAUGUCUCAUAAUUUCAAGAGUUAUGUGAAAGCGGUUCGUGGAAAAGAAGAGGAUUAUGCGUAUGCAGCAGGAGUCAGAAAUGAUACCACGAGGUCUUCUGGGAGGAGUGAUGAGCGAUUGAAAAACGUGGAUAUCCCUAACUUCUAA